UGGAAAGAUGAAAAACAAUCAGAUAACACCUGUUUCCUCCAGGAAAGCAAACGUGGUGGCCAGGGAGAAAAGAUGGGAGGAAGGCUGGUCAUUGCCUAUUCCACUGUGCACAGUUUGAAUUUGGAACCAUGCAAAAGUAUUGCUUGGUUAAAUUAAAACCAUUCAAAAGAUAAAAAAUAAACAUUUAACACCAUCGCAAUAUGCUGGGAAACAAAAUGAACGGAUUUCUGGUCUCGGUACUGUAGGUCGCAUAGCCACUCUUUCCUGGACUGAGGCUUCCCAGGAAAGGGGAUGGGAAGUAAGGCUGGCCUGCUGGUAUGGACAGAGAUUCCAGCAACAUACAUGACCCGGGGGCACAAGGAUUGCUUCCUAAACAAUGAUGAGCACACGGCCAACUAAUAGCCUGGAUGGGCUGAGACCAUCCUGAUUUCAAACACCCAGUCCCCUUGCCUUCCUGAGAACUUCUGUGUUUCUCAGACUGAAAACGUGUUCUGAAUUUUGUUCAGGAAGUGCGGCCCCUGUUGAAAUUCAUCAAGAGUGGGAAAGAGCCAAAGGGGGAAGGAGCAUGGGUUGCUUGGCACAAAAGUAGGUCUGUUCAUAAAGAAUGGAAGUAAAGGGGACAUCAGGUAGAAGGUUUUGCUGUGAGUCAGAAGGACAAUUUAAAAGUUGCCUAAAGAGGUGCACGCCAUCUGUGUUGCUGCCUUCCAGUUGGAAGGGAAACUCAGGUUCUUGCCUAGUGGCUGGAGCCCUUCGCAGAAUGUCCCCCACCCCUACCAGCUGCCCACUGCCCCUCCCCCUCUGCAGAAUGUCUGGGGUCCUAUGUUCAAACCUAUUUACAUUCAAAUUUUCCCUGCUCCACUUGGACUCAGGAGCAUCUGCUGAGCCAGGUCACUCUCUGUGUCCUACCCUUGACUUUUCUCAUUGCGGAAACUGCCAGACAGCAGUGGGCAGUGUUCAGCCUGAGGGGAUGACUUCAAAUGGAGCAUACCCAGUGCUGGGACCGGGCGUGACCGUGAACCCUGGCGCCUCCCUGUCUGUGUUCACGGCUCUGCCCUUUACCACACCCGCUCCUGGCCCAGCACACGGGCCACCCCUCGUGACUGCAGUGGUUCCCCCCGGCGGCCCUCUGGUGCUGUCUGCCUUCCCCAGCACACCUCUGGUGGCAGGACAGGAUGGCCACGGCCCGAGUGGGGCUGGGGCUUCUAAUGUCUUUGUCCAGAUGAGGACAGAAAUGGGGCCUGUGAAGGCCCCUCAGGCACAGACCUUGGUCCUAACUCAGAACCCCCUUGUCUGGCAGGCUCCAAGCGCCCUCUGCGGAGGUGUCGUGUGUCCACCUCCCCUACUCCUGGCAGCUGCUCCUGUGGUGCCUGUUAUGGCUGCCCAGCUGGUUGGGGGCACCCAGGCCUUUGAGGGAGGCUGGUCCCAGGGCCUUCCUGUUCCACCACCACCACCACCGGCUGCCCAGAUGCCCCCCAUCGUGUCCCACGCUGGGCCAUGGCCACAAGGGGCUCAUGGAGAGGGCAGCCUGGCUCCCUCCCAGACCAAGGCCCCACCAGACGACUCCUGUAAUCCCAAGAGUGUCUAUGAGAACUUCCGACUCUGGCAGCACUACAAGCCCCUGGCCCGGAGGCACCUUCCCCAGAGUCCUGACACCGAAGCACUUUCCUGCUUCCUCAUCCCAGUUCUCCGAUCCCUGGCCCGGCGGAAGCCCACCAUGACGCUGGAGGAGGGACUGUGGCGGGCCGUGCUCGAAUGGCAGCACACGAGCAACUUUGACCGGAUGAUCUUCUACGAGAUGGCGGAAAAGUUCCUGGAGUUCGAGGCUGAGGAGGAGAUGCAGAUUCAGAAAUCGCAACUGAUGAAGGGGCCCCAGUGCCUGCCUCCUCCAGCCCCACCGAGGCUUGAACCUCAAGGACCCCCAGCCCCUGAGGUGGCCAAGCAGCCAGUGUACCUUCCCAGCAAGGCCGGCCCCAAGGCCCCGACUGCUUCCCUGCCACCACCCAGGCCCCAGAGGCCAGCGGAGACCAAGGCCCGCCUGCCACCACCCAGGCCCCACCGGCGAGCAGAGACCAAGGCCCGCCUGCCACCACCCAGGCCCCAGAGGCCAGCAGAGACCAAAGUCCCCGAGGAGAUCCCCCCAGAAGUGGUGCAGGAGUAUGUGGACAUCAUGGAGGAGCUGCUGGGGCCUCCCCUCGGGGCCACGGGGCAGCCCGAAAAACAACGGGAAGAGGGCGAAGUGGAGCAGCCACAGGAAGAAGAUUGGACGCCCCCAGACCCAGGCCUCCUGAGCUACAUUGACAAGCUGUGUUCCCAGAAAGACUUCGUCACCAAGGUGGAGGCCGUCAUUCACCCCCGAUUCCUGGAAGAAUUGCUUUCCCCAGAUCCACAGAUGGAUUUCUUGGCCCUAAGCCAGGAGCUGGAGCAGGAGGAAGGACUCACCCUUGCCCAGCUGGUGGAGAAGCGCCUCCUACCUUUGAAGGAGAAACAGCGUGCGAGGGCAGCCCCUAGUCAUGGCGUGGCCCGGUUGGACUCAAGUCCUUCUAAGUUUGCAGCUGCUCAAGGAACAGAGAGAGACAUCCCUGACCCCCAACAAGGGGUUGACAUGGAAACCUGCCCACCCCAGACGGCUGCCCGGGACUCUCAGGGACGAGGCAGAGCACGCACCGGCAUGGCCAGGUCCAAAGACUCUGCGGUGCCUUUGGGAUGUCAGAAUUCCUCCGGGCUGAGGGCUGCUCGGUCAACCUCUCCUCCCCAGGACCACAGACCCACCUGCCCUGGCCUGGGGACCAAGGAUGCCUUGGAUCUCCCCGGAGGGUCUCCUGUCAGGGAGUCACACGGACUGGUUCAGGGGUCAAGUGAGGAGGAGGAGCUCCCCAGCCUGGCCUUCCUCUUGGGUUCCCAGCACAAGUUGCUGCCCUGGAGGCUACCCCAGAGCCCUGUCCCUGCCUUGGGCCUUCUCAGCCCAGAAAAGUGGGGACCCCAGGGAGUUCUUCAGUCCCCAUCUGCUCAAAGAAGAGGCCUCAGCCUAGCACCCUCUCUUGCUACCAAGUCCAAGAAGCGACCUCUCUUCGGAAGCCCAUCCCCUGCUGAAAAGACACCCCACGCAGGGCCUGGGCUCAGGGUCUCUGGGGAGCAAUCCCUGGCUGGGGGGCUCGGUGGCCCCUCACAGUCUCAAAAGAGAAAGGGUGACCUCUUGGUCUCCAGGAAGAAGAAGAAGCGGCAUUGUAGCCAGUAGGGGCUUCCGGGCAGACUUUUGGUGCCAAUCUCCAAGGGUGGGGCUCUGGCAUCCGAUGCCCCAAAGCAGUCAAAAGCUUCUUCUCCCCCAGUGCUGAUCUUGCUGAGCCUUAGCUUUGGAGGGGAGGGGAGGGAGGGGAGGGAGAGGGUGGCUGAAUGGGGAAGGCAGGAAGGGAGAAGGGUAGGGGAGGGAGGGGAGGGAGAGGGUG